ACCCACACCCACACCCACACCCACACCCUUAAAUUCACUAAUGAAAAACGUGAAUGAAUACUUAUUGGCUUUUUCAAGCAUACAAAACCUUAUCUAAUGAAAAUGAGUGAAAUAAUAUACACCAAACAGGUUGAUGAUAGAUGGGUGACAAGGCUCUUGCAAGUUUAGAUUUUAAAAGUUAUAUAAACUAAAGGGAAAAUUAAAAUGAAAGUGUUUUGAAAAUAUAAUCAAGAAUUCCGAUUAGUGAGUAAAAAUGAUUAAUCUGUAAUUUCGAGAACGUAUAUAUAACUCAAGAUCAAAACCAUACAAAAGAAAACGUUCAAUUUUAGUAGGACUCGCUAGAGAUAAAUGCUCAGUAAAGCUUGUCAUUGUUCGGAAAAAGAGAGCAAACUAACAUUCUUCAUGUUCCGAUGAAAGAAAGUAACUUUUGUUCUAUUUAAGUUUAUUUAUGCUAUUUUGUGAUCUAGUCUAUAUAUGCUUACUUGUGCUAUGUUUUGUUCUACUUAGGUUCAUGGAUACUUUUUUGACAUAAAAUGCUGGAAUAUUUGAAAGUUGAAGAGUAUAUAUUUAUGAAACAGUGCAAAAAAAGGAAGCAACUUCGUGUCUUAGUUGAGUUGAAGAUGAAGAAUUUCACUUCAAUAAACAUCAGUUUUUGGAAUGGCAAAAAAAAAAUUUAAAUAUCGUAGCCAAAUUAAUUUUUAAUGGUUCAUAACUGCCCAAUUCUCAAAAUAAUUUUCCUGAGAAACGGCCCAUGACUCAAAAAUUCAUGGCUAUGCCACUGUUUCUAGUAAUCGAUAUACUGCUUUUGCAAAAAAAAAGUUACUUUGAAACAAUAAAUACACUCAUGGGUGACUAAAAGACUAGUUUUUCGGCUCACACUACUAAAACCUGCUAUUAAUUACAGCCGUCCACUUCAUUGCAGUUUUGUUCACGAUUAUUCAGGUGGUGAGUUUACGAACAUUCACACGUGUUGAAAAUAUCCAUAUUUUCGUAUAUAGGAUUUUUCCCAACGUGAUAUGUAGGAAAUUUCCCACUGUGUUAUCUUAGUUGGCAUAGGGAAUUUUCCCAAUCUAUUCUUAUAUAUAUAUAUAUAUUCGUGUUCGUUCUACACUAUGUUGUCAGAAUGUACAUUUAUUAUCUUGUUCUCUAACUGUUCUUCUUUAUGUCUCCUCUUCUUUUCUUCUUCUUCAAUUUGUCAUCAUAAUCGAGAUAUCACAAUAAACGGAACUCACAUAAACUACAAAUCUACAAUGAUUUCUAUCUCGUCUGAUACAGAUGUGAAUGUCAAGGGUGUUGACAUCCAUUAGUAUUUAAUAUGCUAUAAUACUAAGAACAGAAAUAUAUGACUCUUUGUAAUCAUUCAUUAUCAUCAACGAUCAGUCAUUAUUAUCUACUUUUUGUUUCACUGCUCCAUAUGGUUAUUUGUGUUGCUAUCUUAAAUACGAAAAUCUCUAAUAUGAUGUUAUCAUAGAUUUCAGUUCACUCAAUUUUUUUCAUAAAAGUUCACAUCUUUCAAGACAUUAUACUCUUAACGAUGAAAAAACGUUUAAUGAUACCUUUCUUAUGGCACAUCAGUUUCAGUCCUUGACAUGUACAUUAUAUUUGAUAAUUGAGUAAGUUUAACAGAUCCUGCACUUUGCUUUCUUUUCAAAAGAAUACAAGCAUUAUGUCAACUUUGAGAGACGAAAUUGAUAUGAUAUAAAAAAGGUAUCACUAAACGGUUAUUCAUCGUUAAAAGUAGAAUGUUUUGAAAGACGUGAACUUUAUGAAAGAAUUUGAGUUAACUGAAAUCUACGACAACAUUAUAUUAGUGAGUUCUGGUUUUAUGAUAGAAAAACAGAUGACGAUGAGAAACAGUGCAGUGAAAGGUAGAUAAUAAUGGCUGAUCGUUGAUGAUAAUGAAUGACCACAAAAAGUCAUAUAUUUUUGUUCUGAUCAUUACAGAAUAUUGAAUAGUAAUAGAUGUCCACAGAUAUGACUUUCACAUCUGCACUAGACGAGAUGGAGAUCGUGGACGAAACUACACUGCAAGUGGGCGGCUAUAUAUAACAGUAGACUUUUCGACUAUGAGCCGAAAAACAAUAGUCUUUUAGUCACUCAUAAGUGACUUCCUUCAAAAGUAGUAUAUCAAUUAUUAAAAAGUAUUUAAGUUAAUUUAUUAAUUAAAAGCAUAAUGGCAUAAGUACUUUUUAGUACUUUUGGAAGUAAUAAAAAGUAAUUUUUACUUAUAAGUGUACUUAUAAUCACUUAAAAAGAUUCUCUUGCAAGUGCUAUUUUCAUUUUGCAAAAAGAAUAAUGAAAGUACUUAAUAGUGGUUUUUUGGAUCAAAAUUUUUACAUGAGAGAAAUACGUUCAUGAAUUUUACGUCAAAUAACGAAAUACAUUGAGAGAAAACUGUCACGAGAAAAAAUUAUAUAUAUUAGAGCAAAAACUUGUAACAUUAUUUGUCAAUCAGGAUUAGGUUCAGCACCUCCAUCAAUUGAUAGAUUAUAUAGAGUUUAAUCAUUAGAUAUUAUUCACGAACCAUCUUGCUCAACUUGAAUAUGCAUAUCUAUACAUAAUCAUUUAGUAAAUUAUACAACUGACGUCUAUUUAGCUUUUGAACUUUAUAGAAAAAACUAGCAAGUACGAAUGCAAUGUCCACCAGAGAAACUAUUUUUGAAUAGUUCAAUAUUUCAUAUUGAAUUGUUAUAUGUGUGAAGUGUUUGCUCUUAUUCAUUUAAAACAAUUUCUCUUUUGAAUGACAGUGAAUGUCAAUGUUGAAUACUCUUUAUAUCAGAUAAAAUCAAAACUACAUGUCUUUCGUUGAAUUUACUAAUUCAUUUUGAGCUCUCAACUAUUUUGCGAAAAAUAACUUAACUAGGUUAUAAGCUUUUCAUAAGUAAUCAUUUUAUCCGUAAAAAAGCUAAUAAUUAUUGAUCAUUUAUAUAAGAAACGCAUUGAAUCAUAUAAACCAUGCACUUAUCACAUAUUAGCAAGCAAAGUAUCUAUAUGAUUUGUACAUGAAUAUUUUUUCUUUUUUUGCUCUUAUUUCUUUGUCUCGUUUUGGAAGGCCUACGCAUAACUAUGAUACUACUAUACUCAUAUGCAUUGAUUAAUAACGACGAUGUGCAUUUAAUAUAGUCAUGGUUGAUUGCUCUCACUCGAUUUGUCUUCUUACCUUCAUAUCACCCCCCCCCCCCCCUUAACCAUUUUUUGAGGAUAGACCUUUUCUGUGUGCGCUCUGCGUUAGAGUGAAAACAGCAUUCAAACACACACAAAUUUGCUCUUCGCCAUACUAUAACACGACGAAUGAGGUAAGAUCAAAUUCUGGAGGAAAAAAAAAUCGCUUUUUAUUGUUUUUUUAAUUUAUACUUGUUUAGUAAUAGUAAGUCUAGGUAAGAAAGUAAAUUUAAAGAAGAUGCAUUUAUUUAAAGAAAAAAUUUCAAAUCUUUAGUUCUCACAGCGAUCAUCGAUCAUCACGUAGUUCAAAAGACUCUCGUCGUGAUCGAGAAAGCCAUAAAGAUAAGGGUGAAGAUAAAUCAUCGUCAAAUCAAACAGCAGCCAAUAAUGUUGUUUCAACAACAACAGACCGAGCUUUUAAAGAUAAACAUCAUCCAUUAUUAAUUGCUAUUUGGAAUACAGAUCGUACACAAACAAAUCUGGAAGAAAAGCUUAAAGGUCUUCGUGAUUUAAUCAAAAAAGGAACAAAUCCAAAUGUUAAUUGUGAAAUUUUACAUGAACAAACGGGUACACCUAUAGCUCAAGUAUCACCAUUGAUAAUUGCUUGUUUCGAAGGUGACAUUGAUAUCAUUCGAUUUCUUAUUGAAAAUGGUGCUGAUCCAAAUCAAACAGAAAGUGAACAUCAUUUAACACCAAUUCAUGUUUUAUGUGAUGCUGAAUAUCAUGGGCAAAGUUUACGACAAAAAGAUCGUGCUGACUUGGUUCGUUUAUUAGUUAAACACGGUGCACAAGUUAAUCAUUUAGAUCGAAACUCAAUGGCACCUAUUCAUAAAGCUGUUAUUCAUGAUCGACCUGAAUGUGUUCAAGUAUUAAUGGAAUCACGUGCGGAUCCAAAUGUUCCCCUUAUGGGUGAUACACCAUUGAGUAUUGCAGCUCGACACAAUCGAAAAAACAUUGUUCAGAUAUUACUCAAAUUUAAAGAAACUAAUGUUAAUCAUCGUAAUGAUCAAGGUGGUACAGCGCUUCAUUUUGCUAGUGCUGCAAUAGUUGAUAGUCCAGAAUGUGUCGAAUUACUAUUACAACAUGGUGCUAAAGUAAACGCACAAGAUUUGAAAAGUAACACGGCUGCAAUGGUUGCUUGUUUUUUUAAUAAACCAAGGAUCUUAACGACUCUUAUUCGAGCUGGUGCUGAUCUUGUACCUCGCAAUAAUGAAGGAAAAGAUGCAUAUGAUGUAGCUGUAGAAAAAGAAUUUGAUGAAUGCAAAGAAAUUGUAGCUAAAGCGCUUGAAAAACGAGGUAUUAAGGCAGGCGCUAAGCCAAAUCAAACAUCAACGACAACUGAUAAAUUAGCCAAUGAUGUUGACAAAUUAAAAAUUAAAAAUUAA